UUUUGUAGUAAAAGCAAAGAAAUCUCAAACCAAACUCGUUAUCAAAUAUUCCCACUCCCUCUUCUCCAUAGUCCCAUACGCAAAAACUCUUUCAUUCUCUAGGUACUAUGGAAACCCAAGCUCCUAUUCCGUCUCCAAAGCCACCCAAAGACUAUCGCUCCAACGUUGACACUUCGCGCCCUUUUCGCUCUGUCAAAGAAGCGGUCGCAGUUUUUGGUGAGCGCCUUCUCGUUGGGGAGAUAUACACUCCGAAGUCUUACACUUACAGCCGCCCUCCUAGCCAAGAAAUCACCUGGUUUUCACCAAGUCCCCAAAGCCGUAAAGAACAUGAUCACGAGGAGAGUAACCAUCAAGGAGUUCUGGACACCUUGAAGAAACUCGAGGCUGAGCUGCAGGAAACAAAGGCGGACCUGAAGUUGCUGAAGGAGAGAGAAUCCGAGACAGAAAUAGCGUUGGCUUCUCUUAACGCCGAACUUCACAAGAACAUGUCUAAGUUGGCUCAAGCUGAGGCGGCGGCGGCUAAAAGUGCAGCGACGUCGACGUCAAUACCAAGAACCGUGAGUUUCGAUGUGGGAAACGGAGAAGACAUAGCGAGAGAGGAAGAGCGGAGGAGGGAGUUGAAGAAAAGAAUGGAGAACAACCCAACGUUGUCUCAGAUAUUGAGCUUCGGCGAGAAGGAAGGAUACUUCGGGGGCAAAAGGGAGAGAAAGAUGAUGAAGAAGAAGCCCAUCGUUCCUCUCGUGGGAGAUUGGCUUUUCAAGAAAAAAGGAUCGCCUACUACCCUUCACAACCCUCUCUUCUCAUCUCCUCAAAUGUACUGAAUUAAAAGACAAAAGGGUUCGAUGUUUUCACAAAGUGUUUGUUUUAUUUGGUUUAAUUUUCUCUCAUAUUUCGCUUUUAUGGAAGGUUUGUUCGUAUUUGUCCAAUGUAAUUAAACAAAUUCAUGUUUCAUGUUAAAAAAUAAUGUGCUUCUCUAC